AUGGCUCAGUGUGGAGAAUUUCUUAAAAGUCACUUUCCAGUGAUGGAUGAAGAAUUAAAAAAAUAUAUAGAAGAUAUAUUGGAUAAUAGUGCAGGGGAAUUUGAAGACACUGAGGAAGUAUUUGAAGCAGUAGGUGAAAUUUUACAAGGAAUAUCACAAAAAUCUGAGGAUGAUAUUAGAGAAAUAUGUGACAUGUUAUUAAAAAUGAUGCAACCAGAUAAAAAUAGCAACAUCAAUGGCCCUAGAAAAGUAUUGGAUGCACCAAUUACAUUAUCAUCUAUGAACACCCCUAUUCAGGAUGCCGAAGACAUGAAAAGUAUAUGGGUUCAAACUCGAGAUGAUACCCUGAAAGUAGAUGCAAAGAAAUUAGAAAAGGCGGAAGCAAAAUUGCAACAGAAACAACAGAAACAGAAAGAUGCUAAACUACCAGUUUCAGCACCUGUUUUACAAACUGCGACCGCAUCACAGGUUACAUCGAAGAAAGACAGUAAACUCGAAGCUAAAGGUACAAAUAGAACACAGGACAUACGGAUAGAAAACUUUGAUAUUGCAUACGGCGACAGAGUCUUAUUACAAGGUGCGGACUUAGUACUCGCAUUUGGAAGACGGUAUGGUUUGGUUGGUCGGAAUGGUCUUGGCAAGACAACACUUCUUCGUAUGAUAUCCAGCAAACAGUUAAAAAUUCCUUCACACAUUUCCAUCUUACAUGUCGAGCAAGAAGUAGUGGGUGACGACACAAUAGCCUUACAGAGUGUGCUGGAGUGUGACACAGUUAGAGAAAAUUUAUUAAGACGGGAAAAAGAAAUAACUGCUGCUAUUAACAGUGGGUCCACAGAUCAAAACCUGUCUACAGAGUUGAGUGAGGUGUAUGCUCAGUUGGAGAAUAUUGAAGCUGAUAAAGCCCCGGCUAGAGCUUCAAUUAUCCUCAGCGGUUUGGGCUUCACACCUGAAAUGCAGACGAGGGCCACCAAAACCUUCUCCGGAGGUUGGAGGAUGAGGCUCGCUUUGGCAAGAGCUUUGUUUUCUAAACCAGAUCUCCUACUGUUGGACGAACCGACAAACAUGUUGGACAUAAAGGCCAUUAUCUGGUUAGAAAACUACCUUCAGAACUGGCCGACUACGUUACUGGUAGUAUCUCAUGACAGAAAUUUCCUUGACACUGUGCCUACUGAUAUAAUGCAUUUACAUACACAGAGGAUUGACACUUAUAGAGGUAAUUACGACCAGUUCCACAAGACGAAGACGGAGAAGCACAAGAACCAGCAGCGGGAGUACGAGGCGCAGCAACAGCACCGAGCUCACACACAGGAGUUCAUUGACCGGUUCAGAUACAACGCGAACCGAGCCUCCUCCGUACAGAGCAAGAUCAAGAUGUUGGACAAGCUGCCAGAAUUGAAACCAGUUGAAAAAGAAGUGGAAGUAGUUCUACGGUUUCCAGAAACUGAACCCCUUUCUCCUCCGAUCCUCCAACUGAAUGAGGUCGGAUUCUACUAUUCAAAGGAUAAGGUUAUAUUCUCUAACGUCAAUCUCGGAGCUACUUUGGAAUCUAGAAUAUGUAUAGUCGGUGAUAACGGCGCUGGUAAAACAACUCUCUUGAAGAUCAUAAUGGGAAUCCUAUCCCCUACUAGUGGUAUUCGUAGCGUACAUCGUGGUUUGAAGUUCGGUUACUUCUCACAGCAUCACGUGGACCAGCUCGAGAUGAACGUCAACUCAGUGGAACUAUUGCAGAAGAGUUACCCAGGUAAAACUGUAGAGGAAUAUAGAAGACAGUUGGGUAGUUUCGGUGUGAGCGGUGAUCUAGCUCUGCAGACUAUCGGUAGUCUCUCUGGAGGUCAAAAGUCAAGGGUCGCCUUCGCAAGGAUGUGUAUGGGCAACCCUAACUUCCUGGUACUCGAUGAACCUACGAAUCACUUGGACAUCGAAACUAUUGAGGCUUUAGGGAAGGGGAUUAAUAAGUAUACUGGCGGAGUCAUACUGGUCUCUCACGACGAGCGUCUCAUCCGUAUGGUGUGUCGCGAGCUUUGGGUGUGCGGCGGAGGAAGUGUUACCAGCAUCGAGGGAGGCUUCGACGAGUACAGGAAAAUAGUAGAAAGGGAACUACUCGAAGCCAAUAAAUAA